AUGACUUCGCUCUUAAACGAAGAGCCUAAUGGUGGCUCUCAGAACAAUGCACCAAAUUCAAAACCAUCCCGGAAAAGUUCAUUAAAUUAUCACGAGCUCAAGUCCAAGAUCAGAACAACAAGGGAUAAAUUAUUCAAGCAUGAGUGUUCCGGCGAAGAGGAUCGCCAUGGCUCACACUCUCGAGACUCAGCACAUGGAUCUCAACAAAAGUUGCCAAAGGAAGUUAAAGCGGCUCAGAAACUGGUAAAACAGCAGCUAAAGCUAGAACAGGAACUGGCACGUCAAGAAGAGCUCAAGAAACUUAAACUACAGCAACAGAGCAUAGCAUUAAAACAGCAGACCGAACAGCUUCUGAAACAGCAACAUAGUUCACCGUCACAGUCACCCUCCCAAUCGAGGCCCAGCUCUCAAUCCGAGCAUUCUGAGAGUCAGAAUUCUGGAUCUCGGACAAGUUCUAGACCAUGUACAAAUUCAGAUUCGAGACCUGGGUCUCGCCAUUCCGUGAUUCGUACCAACCCUGCUCUUAACGACACUGGAGAGAAUUACGUCCUUCUCGGAUCAACUGGGUUAACUGGCUCACAAGUUCUUCAAGACUUGAUCACUCCAUGGAUUGGCGCACCCUUGGAGGGUGUCACAGCUAGAACGUUCUGGUGCUUUAGUCGUAAGUUUCAGGACGUCGAGAUAGACAUCAGCAAUCUUCCCAAAACAUGGACCGCUAUAGUAGAAUUCGAGGGGGAAAAACAUGUCAUUAGAAAGAAUGACGUGAGGCUAAUUCGUCACUUGUCCGAAUGCGGCGGCAUGCUAGGUCUGAAGUGUCACUGGGACCAGUAUAAUUGGGACGUGGUAUUGACCACCGGCGAAGUUAGGAAUGCAACUAUAAACGUCGUCCAAGUUGUCCAGCCGGACUCCAGAAGAUGGCCUGACCUAUUCAAUAAAAUGUUCACUGGCGGAGUCAGGACUUUCAAUGCAUAUUCGGAGAUAUAUAUGCCGGCGGUUACCGAGAUCGAAACACUAAUAUCAACGCUUGGAUCUACAUCAUGGGAGGCUAGGAAGAGCAAGGCACCGCGUGCAUUUGUAGACUACACGCUUAAUAUGCAAAUGGCCAAGACCUUUGCCCCGGAUCCAAAGAAGGGCACUGUCAAGCAUAUGGUUAUCGUGACGAGCUUCAACCACUUGGCUCUAGGCAUGGUCAGCCAGUAUUUCCGCACUAAACAACGUCUAGAAAAUGACUUGACCUAUGACGUGCCGGGCUUGACUCAUCUUACUAUCCUCAGGCCCGGCCCUCUUCUUGGCGAGCAUGGCUCUAAACCCGUAAUAAGCCCUACCAACCCUGAUACAGGAAACAUGCUUACGCGCUGUUACACUUAUAAGAAGAAUGUUAUGCGCACGCAAUUUAAUUGGCUUGCGCAGGUUAAGGAAGUUGGGCCAACCACUAAGGUCACCGAACUAGUCGCGAAGGCUACCUAUCAUUUACCUGGGAACUGGAUUGUUGGCUACUCAAUCCCAGCUGGAAGAGUUGCCCAGAUUGCCGCUCAGGAAGCGCUAGUCAAACGGAACUACAUCAAGCAGAAUCUGAGAUCUUCCUCUAUGAUUGUGGAAGUGACCAUCUGGUCGAGUCAGGAUAUGGAUACUGCGGAAACCUCAAAUCCAGCAUAA